AUGGCGGCGGCGAAUGCACAAGACGGUGUUUCCGAUGACCUAAACUACGAAACGUGGGCUCCCACCGCGAAAACAACACUCGUGGAGAAAGGUCUCUGGGACGUUGUUGAAAACGGACUCUCUCCCGAUCCUACGAAGAUUCCAGAGUUAGCGGCGACGAUCAAAGUCGCGGAUCUCGCUCACUGGAGAAACCGCGUGAUGAGAGACAUCAAAGCGCUGAAGAUACUGCAAGCCUCUCUCCCGGAUUCGUCUUUCAGGAAGACCAUCACGGCUGCUUCGGCCAAGGAGCUUUGGGAUUCGCUCGAGAAAGGUAACGAAGAAGCGAAACUCCGUAGGCUAGAGAACCAAUUCGAGGAACUUAGCAUGUGCGAAAAGGAAUCGAUCGUUUCCUACUUCGCUAGGGUUUCGAGAAUCGUUGAAGAGUUGCAGAAAUCUGAUUACGAGGUUGUGAAGAAGGUUUUGGGAUCGCUCUCGGGGUCGUACAAGGAAGCUGCUCCUGUGAUUGAAGAGCUAAUGGAUCUGAAGACGAUGAAUCUCGAGAGCCUCGCUGAGUUUUUUCGUAGAUUUGAUGCGAUGCCAGAUGAAUAUGUUCAUCAAGAGAUUAAGCGAAACAGGCUUAAAGCUAUGUUUGGUAUUGGCAAAUGGUGUGACGUGUGCUACAAGGAAGAUCAUAACCUUGAAGAGUGUCAUUCCAUCCCUAAGGAAGGGGACUGGGGUGUUAAACAAGGGAUUUAUGGAAGACACUGCUUCAGACGGGCCGGGACUGAAGCUCAGAAUCAGACAGAACUGGUAGUUGACUACAUAUUGCUGGCGAAGUUAGAGUUGGGUGCCUUCACAUACGAUGAGGAUAUGUGGAUGAUAUACGGCCACGCCACGAGCAACAUGACUCCGCAUGAGAAGCUUUUCACCAGUCUAGACAGAACGCAGAAGGCUAAGGUUGGUUUGGUGGACGGAACUGUUAUCGUGGCGGAAGGAAGAGGAGAUGUGAAGAUUGUGAUGAAGGGAGGGAAGAAGAAGACGACGACGAUCAGGGAUGUGCUUUUUGUUCCACGUGGGAUCAACAGAAACGUGUUGAGUGUUCCUCUGAUGACAUCGAGAGGCUGUUCGUUCAAACCUGGAGAGAGAGGUGAAUGCGUUGUUCGUGAUAAGACGGGAGCUGUGUUUGGGGAUACUACGUGGGAUGAGAGAGGUUUGUCUAUACGUAUGCAGGUGGUUAAAGCCAAUAUCUCCUCUUAG